UUUUUGUCUAUCCAACCACACUUCCUAUUACUACCUCCUUACCUUUACUGUUCCCAACUAAAUCCCCUCAUCUGUGCAUUUCCUAUUUAAACUCCUUGCCCCAUUUUCAUACACACCUCCUCUCAUCAGUUUCUUUAACAUUUUGCUCCUUCUACCCCACACACCAAUAACUCUCCUUCCUUGGUCUCCUCCUAGUCCUCCUCCCUCCCUGUGUUGGUAAAAAUAUCUGCAGACAGCAGUAGCAGAAGCACGCCUGACUCUGCCUCUCUCUCUCUCUCAAACAUCCCACCCAUGUGAUCUCACAGGCUGCCUCUGCUCCCUGCUCCACUCUCUGCUCCAGUCAGGCUCCUGUCUUUCAGCCCGGCUGCAGCUAAUGAGCCUUUGUGCGGCCAAAGAUAGAAAGCGAAGAGAGAGUGCAACACAGUGAUAGAAGAGGCAGUUGAAGUGAGAAAGACUGUCGUCUCGCAACAAUAAAGCAUAUGUUACCGACAACGCAGGCAGAGCUGGAAAAUUACUCGUCUCCCUCAACCUCCUGCACUCUCUGCUCUCCCUUUUUCUCAUGCCCGGGAAGCUCAGGGGUCGCUGCAAGUCAGUGGGCUGAGACAAAAUGAGAAUCUUUCCAUUCAUCAUGUUUCACCUUCUCUGAGUGGCCACAUUUGUGUCUGGGUGGUUGUAGCGCUGUGAGAAGAGGUGAGAGGAGUCACACUCGGCCAGUGGAUCCAGGUGCAGAUGCGGCAGGCCAUGAGCGGAAUACUGAAGAGAAAAUUUGAGGAGGUGGAAGCCUCCUCCUCCCCAUGCUCCUCUGUGCGGGAGUCUGAUGAUGAGGUCUCCUGCAGUGAGAGUGGGGAUAGCUGCGACAGCGUUAACCCCUCAACUUCAGGUCCUUUCACCCCUGACUCGAUCUUGAAGCGGGAGAAGCGCCUGCGGGCAAGAAGGGUGCAUUUUGAGAAUGUGACCGUGUACUACUUCAGCCGGCGGCAGGGCUUCACCAGUGUGCCCAGCCAGGGUGGCAGCACUCUGGGCAUGUCCAACAGGCACAGCUGUGUCAGACAAUACUCCCUGGGAGAGUUUGCCUUGGAGCAGGAGAGGAUCCACAGAGACAUGCUCAAAGAUCACUUGAAGGAAGAGAAACUCAACUCAAUAAAGCUAAAGCUGACUAAGAAUGGCACAAUGGAGUCAGAAGAGGCCAACACGCUCACAGCAGAAGACAUCUCAGAUGACGACAUUGAUCUCGACAACACAGAGGUAGAUGAGUACUUCUUUCUGCAGCCUCUUACUACUAAAAAGCGGCGGGGACUGCUACGCUCGUCAGGCGUGAAGAAGAUUGAUGUGGAGGAGAAGCAUGAACUUAGAGCCAUUCGCAUGUCCAGAGAAGACUGUGGCUGCGACUGCAGGCUUUUCUGUGACCCUGAGACGUGUGCUUGCAGCAUUGCAGGGAUCAAGUGUCAGGUGGAUCGGAUGUCAUUUCCAUGCGGCUGCACAAAAGAAGGUUGCAGCAAUUCAACUGGAAGAGUAGAGUUUAAUCCUAUCCGUGUUCGAACCCAUUUCCUGCACACCAUCAUGAAGCUGGAGCUGGAGAAGAGCCGCGAACAGCAGCAAACCUCCCAGACCAACGGUUACUGCGGGGAAACCAACGACAUGGGGAACGGGAACCUGUUCACGCAGUCGCAGCACAGGUUGGAGUACUCUUUGUCUGAUGCUGUCCCACAGACGGCUGCAAUGCACCUGCACUCUGCAGAUGAGAUGGAGGAGCCUCUGGAUGAUGAAGAUGAGGAGGAUGAGGAAGAAGAGGAAGAAGAAGAGGAGGAGGAGGACGAGGAGGAGAACGAAGAUGAUGAGGAAGACGAGGAGGACAGCAGCAGCGUAUGUAGUGGGUUGUCUGAUUCCAGCACACAAAGCUUUGCAAAUAGCGACUCAGAGGACGAGGAGGAACCUGCAGGGAAGUCUGAGAAUUAUGAGGCUGACAUGACGCCUCUAGCAGUUUCUCACACUGAGGUGGUGCCAAUGUCCUCGGUGAUGUGCUACACUGAUAGCUCCGUGGGUCAUGAUAACCAUAUAAAUGGAAACCCUUACAUAAUGAACUCUUCCUCUGCUGACUACUAUCAGCUGGGGAGCACCAGUGCCGACUCGAAUGUCCAUGCCAGUCAGCCCAGUGAGUCCUACAGGGAGGCGUUAGCAUUCCCAGAACCAGUCAGCGCAACCAAUGGCAAUUUGGCCCAAGGACCGUUCAGCAUGACGUCUGGGGAAUUCACGGGCUACUCUAAUCAUACGGAGGAGGAGUACACAACCAGUCACCACCGUAAUCUGAAUGGAGGCGGUCCAGCUGCCACUUUGUGCUGCUACCCACCUGACCAAAACACCAAGGUACUGUCCAAGGCCAUGUUGGUGGAGCAGCGUGAGAACCAGAACCAGACAGAGUUUCAAAACUACCUUAACAACAACAGCCAGGAGUCCUACAGCAGCGACAGCAUCAUCAGUAUGGCAGCAGAGCAGCCACCCCAAGAAUCAAGUGCUAAUGAACAUCCUGAUGUAACCUUACUAUCAAACAAUACUAAGAAACUCCCUUUACCAGACCAUUGCCCUGAGGUCACAGCCAAUUAAAAGCCCUCAAGCUUGUAAUUAUUACAUCCUCGCUUGAACUCGACUAUGGUAUACUUUUAUGGAACAUCUUCAUUACCUUUUUUGAAAACUACUUUCAGAGCAAUUUACAAAAUAAUACCACACUUUUCAUCUAUAACUCUUAAGCCAUAGGUUUGUGAUGGAAACACUUUUGUGGUACUGUUGACAAAUGCAGGUUUCUCGAUGACAGUGUUCGUGCUCAACUCCAAAACACAAGAGACAAUAUAAAACAUACAAAUACAACUAAUGUCAUACUGUGCAAUGUAGCUUGUAUUUGCAGAACUCAAGUACUAGUUUCAAACAAAUAUUGUACUGUAGAUUGAACUUCUGUCUGCUGUAUGUGCAAAAAAUUGUCAGUUUUAUUUAUUGUGAUUGAAUUAUAAGUGUGUCCUUAUAUAUAUUGUAAAUGUUUUCAUAAAAAUAUGCAUGCCAUUUGGAACUCAUUGAAAAAUUGCCUCCAUUUACAAAACAAGUUGUAUUAAUGAUGUACAGUUAUCUUCUUUUAUGUCUUCAAAAUCAUAAGAUUUCAGAAUUCAUUUAAAUCCAAGUCACCAGUGAUUUCAUUUUGAUGAUUUUUGCACUUAGUCUAUUUGGGGUCCAGUGGCACGUCUUUGGUUAUUAAUGACCAAAUCUUAUGUUUAAAACAAUUCUAUACUAAAAUUGCAUACACAAAUAGCAGCUGCAGCAGGUAUAUUUUUGGUUUAUUUUUAAAUAAUCCAGAAAACUUUUGAUUCCUUGAAGAUAAAGUUUUUUAAAUGGCAUAUACCAUUUUGUACCUUUGGUUCUAGCUUGUAGAUUACAAUAGUAAACAUUGUUCAUGUGAAAAAAUCAAGGGAGCACAAGCAGGCAAAAAUGCCGCCAAAAGGUGCAGAAGAGCAACAAUAUUACGUAUGGAAUGCAGAAAACACAUCCUCUCCUCUGAGAAGCACCUUAUUGACUAAGGUGCUCAACAACUGAGUCACCUUAGUCUGGCUGUUGAUUCCUUUCUUGAGCUAGAGGUCAUUAUCAUGGCAAAAUAUUUUUAUGGUUGUUCCUUUCCUUAAAAAAAAUAUUCGUGUUUCAAGGUCUGGGGGAUCCCAUUUCCAGAAGAGAGACUUUUUGGCAGGUGUAGACUAUUCUGUUCCAUGGAGCUCACCCACAUUUUCUACAUCGAUGAUCUUUCAAAAUAAAAAAAAAAGUGUACAUUCUAUCCUUUUCCCUCUGCCUCAAUUGAGUGUCCAUACAUCCAUUUGGUACAUUCAAAAGAUUUUUUUUAGUUGAGAAACAAUUCCUUUUCUGUCUACAAAUGCUACAGUCAUUAGUGAAAGUCUUCCUGUUUCAGUGUUUAUCUGCUUUAAAUACCAAAGGAAAGGCUGAUUUAAAAUGAUUAAAUUACACCUUACAGUCUAAAGAGGAAGUUGUUUUUUAUGUUGCUGCAAUAACAAUAACUAAAGGAGGUUCAAUAGGCAUGAUUGGGCUUUUCUUUUUAAGAUAAGUUCUUAAAACAGCAUAGAAUAACGUUUUCAUUUACAGUUGCUUUGCAGAACUCAGAUUUGUUCUUCAGGUAAAUAAUGACACAGAGUUGACAAUCAAAGUCUAAUUUUAAAUAGGAUUCAUCUUUUGUGCAUAAUAAGUUGAACUAUUGAAUCAUUUUAGUCAUAAAGCCUAUUCAUUUAAAAUGUAUAAAUAGUGGCAUUUCUAAACAUUGACAGAAUGAAACUGAAGUGCUCAACAUUCAGUAGAAUUCAAAGACAUUAUGGAAAAGCUCAAAUGAAGCCCAUUAAGUCCUUGCUCAUGCAUAAAUACAAGAAUGUGCUCCAUUUUAUAAAUAUACAUUCAAAUUUACUGAGUUUAGCAUUCAAUCUUCACCAUUUGUUCAUUAGAUGGGAUCUCCCAGAAAGUACCCGAAUAACUUUGAAGUUAUCAGUUUCAUCAACACAAGCCUAUAAUACAUAGAAAUUGUGCCAAAGUGUACAGUGUGGGAAGGUACUUAAAAGCAUUGCACCCACUUAGGAUUACUGUUUUAAUUUUCAGUAUUUAUUAUGAAUGGUUAAAUGAAAUGUGUAUUUAUUGUGGUUUACUAAAAGUCCGUAUUAAGUAACUUGAUAUGUUAAAAUAGUCUUUUCUUUCAUGCAAGUUUACGUGAAUUGUAACGCUUCGUGUGCCUGAUCUCUUUAAUUCUGUUUCAUAUUUGGUGAAAUGCAUAGGAUUUGCACAAAAUGGUUCAUUUUGUUUUUCCGAGUUAUGUUUUUAACUGUACAUAAAGCCUACAUAACUUUCA